UACCAUUGCAGGAGAGGAGAUGGGGAGUAUGUCCGGAGAGUGGUAGGACUACAAUUGAAAUUGGAAAGAAAUUGAAAUAGUUGAUCCAAAGCCAGAAGAAAGUAUACAUCAUCGGACCGACACGAGUUAAAGCUUUUAUAUCUCAAUACUGAAAAAGAGCGCUUCCAUUUGUGGCCAUCAGUACAAGCCGGUCGUAGAUAGGGGGCUUGAGAUGGACGGAGAGGAACAGAGUGACAGCAGUCUACGCGCCAUAGCCAUCGUUGUGUUGUGCUGCGGGGCCGUGAAGAUGCUGCACCUUAUGGGCGUCAUCAGCGUGGAGGACAAGGUGGACGAUGACCUGGAGAUGACCAUGGUGUGCCAUCGGCCAGAGGGCCUGGGCCAGCUGGAGGCGCUGACCAACUUCAACAAGAGGGAGCUGCAGGUCCUCUACCGUGGCUUCAAGAACGAGUGUCCAAGUGGUGUGGUGAACGAGGACACCUUUAAACAAAUAUACUCCCAGUUUUUCCCCCAUGGAGAUGCCAGCCCCUACGCACACUACCUGUUCAAUGCUUUCGACACAGAACACAGUGGCUCCAUCAAGUUCGAGGACUUUGUGACGGCUCUGUCCAUCCUGCUAAGAGGCUCGGUCAGGGAGAAGCUCCAGUGGACCUUCAACCUCUACGACAUCAACCACGACGGAUACAUCAACAAGGAGGAGAUGACGGACAUCGUAAGGGCGAUAUACGACAUGAUGGGGAAGUACACCUACCCCGCACUGAAGAACGACUCCCACAAACAGCACGUGGAGGCCUUCUUCCGGAAAAUGGACAAAAACAGAGAUGGAGUGGUCACUCUAGAUGAAUUCAUCCUUUCCUGCCAAGAGGAUGAAAACAUCAUGAGGUCUCUACAGCUUUUUGAAAACGUCAUCUAGUGAAAAGAAAGAAGAAGAUGAAGAAGCAGCAGAUGGGAGAGAGAGAGACAGAGAGAGGGAGAGAGAGAAUGGAGAGCGGAGUAUGUUUAUCGUACGACAGUAAAGGGCUUCUUUCUGCAGACGUUGGGACUCGUUGUCCCCAGUAAACCUGCUAUGAUGGGAUGUCUCCAAGCCAGGGGCAACCUACCUCUUUUGAUAUUUAUUUAUUUAUUAUGAUUAUUAUUAUUAUUUACCUUUUAUUAACAAAGGCUUUUGAGCAUGCACGCUGUUUCACAGCAGCGCCCUCAAGGCCGGGACGGUUUUGAGACGCCCAACCCACAAAUCCCCGCUCUCCCCCUUUUUCUCACCCCCUGAUUUGACCUACCUAUGAAAACUUAACCUUUGACUUCAUGCAUCCACCUCUCCUACACGUUGUUGCUGGUGUUGAGUCUGUGUAUAUUUCAUACUUCAUUCCCGUGUCCGAACACUGAGUACCACUGCCGUGUCUUGUUAUGUCCACCGUUACCCCCGCAAUCACUGAACAACUGAAUCUCGGACGACCUGUUCUCUACAACUCACUGUGGUGAUCCCUCAGUUGGAAAACAUAAAAUCAAAGUGCACUCUAGAACGUGGGUGAUUAUUGACACAUUGGCGAUUAUCAUCUGACACGCUACCAUGAAUAUGCAUAUGUAUCUGCAGGCACGGAAGACAACAUCUCACCCUGGUUAUUCAUCAGCAACCGCUUCCAUCGCAUUAAGAAGCGGCCUUGUUACCGGCGUUCAUUUCUCCAAAACGUGUCAGUUUCCCUCACACUUAUAUUCAGCGCUAACCUCACCGCAUUCGGGCCUAGCGAAUCCGGCCGGGGGUCAGACGCCUGUAGGCCAGACCGCUGGCCAGAUGUGAACCGUGCCGUUGAAAGUGUUGACCGUCUUGUGCAUGGUUCCCGUGGUUGUGGAGCCCCUGUCUCCUUCUGCUCUGUGUGGUCCAGUGGCGUGGGUCGGUGUAUUAGUGUUGUAACGACUUGACUGUAAACACGUGUCCGUACAGUGCGUCUACCUGCUUACAUCACCUCUCUGUCCGUCCCUUCUGUCUGUCCGCUUCUCCGUCUGGUCCCAUGUCCCAUCGUAUCGGUACAGGGUCCCUGAUCCACGUCUCUCUAUGUUGAUAUUGGCAGUUUUUGGUUUACAGGCAGAACAAUGACUUUGUGUGUGUGUGUGUGUGUGUGUGUGUGUGUGUGUGUGUGUGUGUGUGUGUGUGUGUGUGUGUGUGUGUGUGUGUGUGUGUGUGUGUGUGUGUGUGUGUGUGUGAGUAUUUUUGAGUGUUAACGUCCGAGUGCGUCCGUUUGGUGACUCUGUUCAUGUGCUGUCGUUGAGUUGAGACCCCUUGGGAUGUGGAACAAGCGAUGGCGCCGUUGUUAUCUGGGUUUCUUUCCCAGAAUCCACGCACUCAAACAAACUUAACUGGUGUCUAGUGGGAUAUCAUCACCUUGGUGGACUGUGGGAAGAACUCCUCCACCUCCUUAUGUUGUGUUCAGCAGGAAGUAUCCGAACCCGGAUAACCAAGAUGUACAUAAAGCUCCUCUCAAUACCACCACCCUGUCACUGUGAGGGAGCGACGGCAGAGGUAGACCUCCUAGGAUGAGGGGAUGGGAGAAUAGAGGGGAAGGUACAGGGUACAGGAGUGUAAAGGAGU